AUUGUGGAGUGGUGUAAAGAAACCUGUCUUCCACCAUGGCACCAGAACACGGGAUUGGCUCCCUUACAGACGCCUACUCCCUCCUCACUGUUCGAAUGAGUGCUGUUGUCUGCUGCCAGGCGCCCUGCUGAAAGGCACAGAAAGGUCCCUGAAGCUUUGCAGUGGUGGACGCCAUUCCUCAGCACGACCACCUGCAGGGACGAGGAGAAACACCAGUAGAAGGAUAGGAUACAGCUAGAAGGAUCAGGAAGAGAAGCUGACAGCGCAGCCACCAUCAUAUCUCUGAAACCUCUCUGCCUCUGCUUACAGGUCGUUGCCCGUCCGGCAGCGCGGGAGCCGCCCGCUGCGCGACCGCGUCUUCGCCGAGGCCGUCCCGCGGGGCGAGGGAUCCGCCCCGGCCGCCGCCUGACGGACGGCCACGCCGCGGGACAUGCGUUUAUUUCCAGGGGAAAACUGAUGUCCUGGGCACAGGUGGUGGGCUUCUGAAUGCUCUUUGUAACGGUGGUGUUCCGGUGACGCUUCCAAGCUGUGAGCUGAGCUCUCAUGUCCCACUGUUCCCCUUCCAGUGGAGGAGCGACUGAGACCGGUGUACCUGCAGGUGUGGCUGCAUCGGAGAAGAGGACUGAGGUAUACAGCAGUAAGAAAAACAGUAUGAUGGGUUCAGGAGGCUUUUCCUCAGGAAGUUCAGAGGAAGAUCCAAGCAGUGACGUUACGGCUACCUCUAGCAAACAUUACCUGUGUGGCUACUGUGCGGCGUUCACAAACAUAGCAGUUACUUUUCCCAUCCAGAAGGUCCUCUUUCGGCAGCAGCUGUAUGGCCUGAAAACAAAGGAUGCAAUACAUCAGCUGCAGAAAGAUGGAAUUCGAAAUCUCUACCGUGGCAUCCUUCCCCCCUUAAUGCAGAAGACGACCACUCUGGCUCUCAUGUUCGGCUUGUAUGAGGAUUUCUCCUCCUUGCUCCACAGCCACACGACUGCUCCUGAGCUCCUGACACGCAGCAUGGCAGCAGUGCUGGCAGGGACCACAGAAGCUGUUCUUACACCCUUUGAGCGAGUGCAGACUUUGCUUCAGGACUACAAACAUCACGAUAAGUUCACAAACACGUACCAGGCUUUCAAGGUACUGAGAGUCUAUGGGAUGAGAGAGUACUAUCGGGGAUUGGUGCCUAUUCUGCUCCGAAAUGGGCCCAGUAAUGUACUCUUCUUUGGCCUGAGAGGACCUAUUAAACAGUGUCUGCCUGAAGCAACUUCUUACAGCACUCAUUUGGUCAAUGACUUCAUUUGUGGAGGGCUGUUGGGUGCCAUGCUGGGAUUCUUGUUCUUCCCAAUGAAUGUUGUAAAAGCUCGCAUGCAAGCUCAGAUUGGUGGUGAAUUUCAGUCCUUCUCGACAGUGUUUGUGAAGAUCUGGCUGGAGCGUGACAGGAAAUUGAUCAAUCUUUUCAGGGGAGCCCAUCUGAAUUACCAUCGUUCAGUCCUGUCCUGGGGCAUAAUCAAUGCAACUUACGAGUUCUUGCUAAAGCUGUUAUGAAAAACACUUAUUUUCUUCGUCCCUUAUAUUGAUUUGGUUUUUGCCACGUUUGAUGAUGCUUAAUCCCUGGGAGCAGUGCCUGCAUAGCGUGAAAGGCGUUUAGUCUUGGCCUUCACUGCAUAUGGGGUGAAUGGUGAUACAUCCAAACCUUGGUGCAAUUAUGACUAGCUUCUUAAAUUAUUUAUUUGCCGGCAGGUGGAUUUACCCAUAAGGAAACUACUAGACAGAUAGAUUAAAAACAAAACCAAAAAAAACCCACAAGCUCAUGUAUCAGUCCAGUGGCUUAUUCAAUAUCACUCCCAAAAGUUCCUAACACUCCAUGACUUGAGUGCGCUCCACUGUGUACCUUGUAGAACAUGGAAGCAUGGGGGAGGCUGAUGGAAAUUCAUUCCCGUGUUUGAUGAACUUCAGAAUGUUGAUGUCAGAUGACGUUCUCAGAUGACGUUCUCAGAUGUCGUAGGCUCCUGAGUGCUCCCACCGUUGCUCGUGGCCAAAUGGACAGCAACUCCAGAGGGAGGAUGACUGAGUUCCCGAGCUCAGUGCUUAAACAAAGCCUACACCAACUCUCCUGCUGGCCGCUUGGAUGCUCAGCUUCAAGCAGAACGUUUCAUUUGGCAGCAUAAGAGCAGUUACUGAAUGUUGCCUGACUUGGAGUGGGAUUUCUGUGUGCACGAUACGUACGCACGCGGUUAACGUGAAUAAGGGAAGAGUGGAAGGAGAGAAACAGCAAAUAUGAGAAAGCUUUAAAGUGUCCUUCCUUGGUAGAAUCCUUCUACUUGUAAAUGCGGAGCUUGUUCUGCUUUUUUGUUUUUUUUUUUUUUUUUUUUUAUUGUUACUUCUUUUUCUAUCAUUCUACAGCUGUGAGGCCAGAAAGAAGACGUCUCUUUUUGUAAUGCUUAUUAUAAAGUAGUUCAUUUUCCUGUAUUUUCCUGUUGUGAGAGUAGUUCUCGGGCAGCUCUUUUCUACGGAGGUAUCUUGUCUUUCGCAGGUUGCUUGCGUUUCAUCAGAGCUGUGACAUAAUUGAUCACAACGAGGCUUUUUACGGGAAAGUUGGAGCUCCGUCUCCUCGAUGCGUACGCUUAACAGUUCUGUAAGACAGAAUUGUACUGUAGCACUGUCAGGAUUAAAUUCCUGGGUAAUACUGGGGUGAAGUCUGCGAUUGUGGUACCGGGAGGCAGACAGAGAUGACCUUUGGAAUGAUGCAGCACUUGGAGAAGCGUGGAUGGACUUCCGUGGGCAGGUGCAGAUGAAGAUGUACAGAAAUGCGUGGUGUUCUGUGUCCUACAGAUGGGAGUGUUGUGAGGUGGGAGGCUGCAGGCCUCAGAGAAAAGAGCAAGAGGGGGAUAGGCAUAACCAGACCAGGAGAGGGUCUUAACGAGAAACGCUUGGUUGUCCUGGGAACUUUAUGUCAUUAUGCUAUAUUUAAAAAACAGACAAAAAAAAAAAAAAAAAAAAAUAAACGAAACAAAACAACCUCACCAACUAUUCAGAAAGAUGGGGAUAAAUUUUUACCAAGUUUCUCUUUUCAUAAGCUUUGUAGUGGUGGUUAUUUUUUGUUUGCUGAACUGUCACAAAAUGCUUGCUCUAAUCAGUGUGUCAUGAUUAUGAUCCUAACGAGGUCCCUAGCUUCACAGUCCAAAAGGGCCCAGCACAAAUGAGCAUUGCUAUACCUGAAUGUUGUGGUUAUCUGCAUUGAAAUAAAAUGUUUAUUGAAUGUU